AUGGUUGCCCUUAUCAAGUACGCUGGCGCAGGAGCCAUCCUGGUCGCCGCUGUAUCAGCCUCCUACCCGGCCGCCGGUACCACCAGCUCCGCAUACGCCGUCACCUCGACCAGCUCAGCUGAGGAUGAUUGCGAGCCUGAGACCGAGUCCUACUCUGUCCCAUCUGCCACUGUUUCGUCUUUCUCCUACUCCGCGUCUGCUUCGGCUUCUGCCAGCUCAUCGGAGGAUGACUGCCCCCCGGAGGAGACUGAGAGCUACAGCGUGAGCAAGACCUCGUCGUCUGCCGUUAUCACCACCACCUCGUCCAGCUUCUCGUACUCGGCCACCAAGCCCAGCUCUACCAGCUCUGAGGAGGACUGCCCGGUUGAGUCCGAGACUGGCAGCUAUGCUGUGUCGUCCACCUCCAGCCACGCUGCCACCACUUCCGGCGCUACCUCCGCUGGCAGCUACCCGGCAACCAGUGCUACGACUGCUGUUGGAAGCACUUCGACUGCUUACACCACUCUCACGUACACCAUCUCCAGCUGCGCCCCUACCGUGACCGACUGCCCCUACGGCCACACGACCACAACUGUCGUCCCUUGCACUGAUGAGACCACUGCCACUUAUCCGGCCACGACCAGUAUCCCUGCUGGCUACACGACCUCGACUCAGUACAUCACCAGUGUCUACACCGUCACCUCCUGCGCUCCUACCGUGACCGACUGCCCCGUUGGUUCCGUCACCAGCGAGAUCAAGACCACUGUGACUGUGUGCCCUGUUACUGAGACUCACGGCGCAACCACCACGUACCCUGCCGGAGGAGCUUCAACCUACCCUGCCGGAGGAGCUUCUACUUACCCUGCCGGAGGAGCUUCUACCUACCCUGCCGGAGGAGCUUCUACUUACCCUGCUGGAGGAGCUUCUACUUACCCUGCCGGAGGAGCUUCUACCUACCCUGCCGGAGGAGCUUCUACUUACCCUGCUGGAGGAGCUUCUACCUACCCUGCCGGAGGAGCUUCUACCUACCCCACUGGCAAGGCUACCCUUUCGACCAGUGUCUACCCCGUCGGAACUGCUGGAACUAGCGCACACAGCGGAAACAGCACAUACGCUCCUCCCACCUACCCUGUCACCUCUCAGGCAACCACUGCUACCUCAGCCACCAAGACUCAGGCUACCACUACCAGCGCUACCAGCGCCGUUGUCACUGCUGGAGCCUCUAUCAUUGGCAGCAGCGUCGCUGGUGUCCUUGCCGUUGCUGGUGCCAUCGCUGCUUUGAUGUAA